CGCUGUACAGCUGGUCUGUGGGCAGAUGUGAAUGAGACAAGGCAGGCAGUGUUUCCCAGCCCGGGGCAGACACACAGACCCAGCGCAGCGAGCGGAUCAGCCGCGUUCCCGGGAUGCAGACAUGGGCUGCGGGGCGAGUGUGCUGCUGCAGCAGGCCUUCCGCUCAGCCAUGCGCAGGAACUGCCCCCACAUCUGCCCCCACCGCCACCAGCCGCCGUCUCUGGAGAUCCUGUCCCAGGAGGAGGGCUACACUGCCAGCCCACCCCACACCACCAUCGUCAUGCAGGAGAAGCCCAAGCAGAUCGACCCUCUGGACUAUGAGGCGGUGGUUUCUGAGCUGGACGCUGAGCUGAAGGAAGACCCCCUACGGGACCUGCUCCUCUUUCCUGACGAUGACUUCACAGUGAUUACUGUACCUGUGGAGAGGCGGACGCUGCUGUCCACGGUGCCGGAUGGAGCAGAACUGGCAGAGUGUCUGCUGGUCAGACAGGCCUGCAAGUAUUACAACUCCCCGCAGCACCUGGUCCAAUAUAAAUAUGAGGAGUACGCCGCGGAUUACCGCCUACUGCCCAGAAAGCUGAGUAAGACUGAGAAGUUGCCGUCCCACUCUUUUGAGAUUGACCAUGAGGAUGUGGAUAAAGAUGAGGACACGACAUCAUUAUCUUCUUCGAAAGGAGGAGGGGGUGGCAGCGGGGGCGGGGGCUUGGGGGUGUUCAGGUCUGGGUGGCUCUACAAAGGAAACUUCAACAGCACCGUCAACAACAGCAUCACUGUGCGGUCUUUCAAACGGCGGUAUUUCCAGCUGACGCAGCUGACGGACAGCUCCUACAUCAUGAACUUCUACAAAGACGAGAAGAUCUCCAAGGAGCCCAAAGGGUGCAUCUUCCUGGACUCCUGUACGGGUGUGGUGCAGAAUAACCGGCUGCGGAAGCACGCCUUCGAGCUGAAGAUGAACGAGGUGACGUACUUUGUGCUGGCGGCUGAGAGCGAGCAGGACAUGGAGGACUGGAUCUCCACCCUGACCCGCAUCCUGCAGAUCCGCCCCCAGGACGGCCCGCUUCUGGACCGCAAGAGCGUGGACCUGACCGACACGCGGCAAGAUGUCAUAGAGCUGUCCUUGAGUGACACCAGUCUCCCUGACAACGAUGAGCUGCCAAAUGGUUUAAACCCUGAUCUGGCCCGGUACAUCGGUGAAACGGAGGACACAGUGCACGCUGCGCGGCAGGAGGAAAGGCUCAACCUGUUCUCUCUGGACUCAGACAUUCUUGUGCAGCGGAGCCCCCGUGGGGAGUUCACAGCGGGGGAGCCGCAGGCGGUGCGCCCGUUUGAGGAGAAGCUGGGGAAGAGGUUCAUGAUCUCCUGUCGAACCCUGAAGCUGACCCUGCAGGGCUGCGUGUGCGAGACAGAGAACGGGCCCAUCACAAACAUCGAGCCCUUCUUCGUUACGCUGGCUCUGUUCGACGUGCGGGACGGCCGGAAGGUCUCGGCGGAUUUCCACGUGGAUCUGAACCAUGAGGCCGUGCGGCAGAUGCUGGGCGGGGCUGGGGGCCCGGGGACCCCGCAGGAGAACGGCCUCAGCUCACCUGCAGAAAAGACACCCGGAGACUGCCAGCUGCCCCCACACCUGGACACCUGGCUGCAAUUCCCCAAACAGGCCAUCUUCUCGGUGACUAACCCGCACCCGGACAUUGUGCUGGCUGCCCGGGUUGAGAAGGUGCUGAUGGGAAAUAUCGCCAGUGGGGCGGAGCCUUAUAUCAAGAACAUCGACUCCAGCAAGACUGUUCAGAAAAUAGUGAAAUCCAACAAGCAGUUCUGUAGCAAACUGGGGAAAUACCGGAUGCCUUUUGCCUGGUGUGUGAGGUGAGUCUCGGGUGCUUUCUCGGACAGAACCAGUGCGCACCUUGACAGAGAUCCUCGUUCUCCGUCUCCUAUCAAGCAGACCUGGGCGCACAGAUCUUCCACAGACGACCUGUUGCGAAGUCUUCCCAGAGCCCGCAGGGCAGAGAAGGCCAGUAAACUGCAGACCAUUCCGGGAAGCCUGGAGAUAUCAGUGGACUGUGUGCCUAUGGAGCAUCCCAACUGUGUGACGUCCUCCUACGUUCCCGUUAAACCGUUUGAGGACUGUGAGCAGCACCCACCCACUGUGGAGGUGGAGGAGAUUGUCCAGGAGUCGCCCAAGUUCUGCCAGCCUUACAGAGUCUACAAGAACCACAUCUACGUGUACCCCAGACACCUAAAAUACGACAGCCAGAAGACCUUCGCCAAGGCGCGGAACAUUGCCGUCUACGUGGAGUUCCGGAGCUCCGAUGCCGAGGUGGCCAAACCCCUGAGGUGCAUCUACGGAAAGCCAGGAGGUCCAGUUUUCACCACAGCAGCCUGCUCAGCUGUCCUGCACCACUCCCAGAACCCUGACUUCUGUGAUGAGGUGAAGAUCGAGCUGCCCACUCAUCUCCAUGACAAACACCACCUGCUCUUCUCCUUCUACCAUGUGACCUGUGACAUCAACGCCAAGACCAACGCCAAGAAGAAAGAGGCACUAGAGACUCCAGUGGGGUAUGCCUGGCUUCCCCUGCUGAAGGAGGGGCGCUUGGCCUCUCAGGAGUUCAACAUCCCUGUGUCCAGCGUCCUGCCCCAGGGGUACCUGCUCACCAAGGAGCCCGGAGCAGGGAAGAACGGGACAGACCUGAAGUGGGUGGAUGGUGGAAAGGCCAUAUUUAAGGUGGCUACACACGUCCUGUCCACAGUCUACACUCAGUGUGUGUUUGUGGCUGUGGUGUGUCAGUGUGUGUUUGUGGCUGUGGUGUGUCAGUGUGUUAUUGAGCGCUAUGUAAAGUGUGUGUUUGUGGCAGUGGUGUGUCAGUGUGUUAUUGAGCGCUAUGUAAAGUGUGUGUUUGUGGCAGUGGUGUGUCAGUGUGUGUUUUUGGCUGUGGUGUGUCAGUGUGUGUUUGUGGCUGUGGUGUGUCAGUGUGUUAUCGAGCGCUGUGUAAAGUGUGUGUUUGUGGCUGUGGUGUGUCAGUGUGUUAUCGAGCGCUGUGUAAAGUGUGUGUUUGUGGCAGUGGUGUGUCAGUGUGUUAUCGAGAGCUGUGUAAAGUGUGUGUUUGUGGUUGUGGUGUGUCAGUGUGUUAUCGAGCGCUGUGUAAAGUGUGUGUUUGUGGCAGUGGUGUCAGUGUGUGUUUGUGGCAGUGGUGUGUCAGUGUGUGUUUGUGGCAGUGGUGUGUCAGUGUGUGUUUGUGGCUGUGGUGUGUCAGUGUGUUAUCGAGCGCUGUGUAAAGUGUGUGUUUGUGGCAGUGGUGUGUCAGUGUGUUAUCGAGCGCUGUGUAAAGUGUGUGUUUGUGGCAGUGGUGUGGCAGUGUGUGUUUGUGGCAGUGGUGUGUCAGUGUGUGUUUGUGGCAGUGGUGUGUCAGUGUGUUAUCGAGCGCUGUGUAAAGUGUGUGUUUUUGUCGUGGUUCAGGGUCUCCUCAGUGUGGAGAAGAGUCAUGUGAUCAUCCACUUCCUGCCAGUGCUGUUUAACCAGCUGUUUAAGGUGCUGACACAGAAUGACAACGAUGAGGUCACUACUGCUACCACCAGGGUUCUGGUUCACAUUGUUUCUAAGUGUUAUGAAGAUAGCCUGGAAGCCUACUUGCACUCUUACAUAAAGUUUGUGUUCCGUACAGAGAGCCACGGUUUUCGGACAGUGCAUGAAGAAUUGGCCAAAGGCAUGACCUCUGACCUUAAGAGCAACGAACAGAUAGCCGUGAGGAACAUCCUGAAGUUCUCCUGGUUCUUCUUUGAGCUGAUCAGUAAGUCCAUGGCUCAGCACCUGGUCGACUCGGACAAGCUGCAGGUCCCUCGACCACAGAGGUUCCCGUCCUCCUACCUGAGCAAGCUGGAGGCUCUGAUCAUGACCACAGCUGAUCACGUCUUCUGGAAGACCAAAGAUAUGCCCGAGGAGACACACAGCGCUAACCUGGCGGUCGCCAGCUUCAUCAAGCGCUGCUUCACGCUCAUCGACCGAGGAUUCACCUUCAAACUCAUCAGCGGCUACAUGAACAUUAUCGCAGCCGCGGAGAACAAGGCGCUGUGUGAGUUUAAGUUUGAGUUCCUGCGGGAGGUGUGUAACCACGAGCACUACAUCCCUCUCAGCCUGCCAAUCCCCUCCGCCCGCAUCACAGAUCGCGCCUGUUCACCGGAGGCACAGAACACACAGGUGGACGUGCCCGAGUACAGCCUGACGGGGGAGUUCUGCAGGAAGCACUUCCUGACGGGGCUGUUGCUACGGGAACUGGGCCUGGCGCUGCAGGAUGAGCAGGACCUCAGACACUUGGCGCUCGCCAGCCUCAAGAACCUGAUGGCCAAGCACUCCCUGGACCCCCGCUACGCCCACAGGGACAGGGAGGCGCGGAUUGCAGCUCUGUAUCUGCCUCUGUACGGCCUCAUCUUGGACAACAUGCCCCGCUUCUUCCUCCGAGACCUCUUCCCCGUCUGCUUCACGACCAGCAACCAGGGGUCCCGGGACGACCUGAGUGUGGGGGGGGGGCUUCCGGGGCAGAUGGCACUCUCUCUGCGGCACGGAAACUCUGUGGAUGCCUCAUUCUCCAAAGAGGUCCUCAACUCCAUCACAGGUAUGCACCUCCACACCUGUACUCAACUCCAUCACAGGUACGCACCUCCACACCUGUACUCACCUGUCCUCACCUAUACUCACCUGUGCUCACCUGUCCUGACCCACCUGACUGUGUAUUGUCCACAUGACUCAGGUAUCAAACAAAAUGCAAUAUUCAGAUUUCAGGAAGUGGAGCUUAUUUCAGCAUUAGAACCUCAGUCAUCCCAGCGCCGUCUCUCUUUGCUCUGUAAUAUUUCAGAUGUCAUGGUUUCUUACUGGCAGAGAGCAGUGCAUCAGGAGAUCUCCGACUUCUUCAACAUCUUAGAGCUCUGCCUCCAGCACUUCAGGUUUCUGGGGAAACGGCACAUUGCCAGGAAGCUAGCAGCAGCGGUCAAGUUGGCUCAGUCCACCCACAACAGUGGCAACCUGAAAGGCUCAAACACUUCCACCCAGUCCUCCGGUCUGCUCCCGCAAUGGAUGGUCUCCAGCCAGGACGGUCAGCGCCACGCCCGGUCCCAGACCAUGCCCAUCCUGCGGGGGAAGAACGCACUCACCAACCCCCGGCUGCUGCACAUGAUGGAGUCCAGUGGCAGCACGUUGGACGGAGACUCUCUGAGCCCCACGGCCAUGGAGGCCAACCUGUCCACCGAAGUGGCCCUGACUGUGCUCGACAUCCUCGGGCUCUUUGUGCAAAACCACAAGAAACAGCUGCAGCAGGAGGAUGGACAGAACCCCCUGAUGAAGAAGGUCUUGGACACCUACCUGCUCUUCUUCCAGAUCAACCAAUCAACCACCACGCUGCGGCACGUGUUCGCUGCCCUGCGGCUUUUUAUACACAAGUUCCCUGCAGUGUUUUUCCAGGGUAAAGCAGAACUGUGUGGCUCGCUGUGUUACGAGAUUCUGAAGUGCUGUAACCACCACAGCAGCUCGACUCAGACUGAGGCCUCCGCUCUGCUCUACUUCAUCAUGAGGAAGAACUUUGAGUUCACCAAGGGGAGGUCCAUCGUGCGCUCGCACCUGCAGCUCAUAAAGGCAGUGAGUCAGCUGAUUGCGGAUGCGGGCAUCGGAGGGUCGCGCUUCCAGCAGGCCCUCGCCAUCAUCAAUAACUUCGCCAACGGAGACGCGCCGCUGAGGAAUACCUCAUUCCCAGCAGAGGUGAAGGACCUGACCAAGCGGAUCCGCACUGUGCUCAUGGCCACGUCUCAGAUGAAGGAGCAUGAGAAGGAUCCGGAAAUGCUGGUGGACCUGCAGUACAGCCUGGCCAACUCCUACGCCAGCACUCCUGAGCUCCGGCGUACCUGGCUGGAGAGCAUGGCGAAGAUCCACGUCCGCAACGGGGACCUGUCUGAGGCAGCCAUGUGUUACAUUCACAUCUCAGCUCUGGUCGCUGAGGAUCUGAAGAGGAGAGGUUACUGGAAAACAGACAAGCCCAGGAACUGGAGCGCGCUCCCAGAGGAGGCUAAUGGCAUUAACUGUACCCCCUUACUAACCCCGCGGGACGGAGAAUCCUCGUUCUGCAUGGGCUGGGCAGCCUUCCUGUGCAUCACCCCCAACGUGAAGGAGGAGGGCGCCAUGAAGGAGGACACGGGUGCACAGGACACGCCCUACACUGAGGACACGCUGGUGGAGCAGCUGGAGCUCUGUGUCGAUUACCUGUGGAAAUCAGAGAGACACGAGCUCAUCGCUGACGUCAACAAACCCAUCAUUGCCGUCUUCGAGAAGAGGAGGGACUUCAAGCGCCUGUCGGAGCUGUACUAUGACAUCCACCGCUCGUACCUGAAGGUGACGGAGGUGGUGAACUCGGAGAAGCGGCUGUUCGGCCGGUACUACCGCGUAGCGUUCUACGGGCAGGCUUUCUUCGAAGAGGAGGAGAGUAAGGAGUUUAUCUAUAAGGAGCCCAAGCUGACCGGCCUAUCAGAGAUCUCCCAGCGCCUGCUCAAACUGUACUCUGACAAGUUUGGGGCUGACAACGUCAAGAUGAUCCAGGACUCCAAUAAGGUAAACCCCAAAGACCUGGACGCCAAGUUUGCCUACAUUCAGGUGACGUACGUUACCCCAUACUUUGAGGAGAAGGAGCUGCAGGAGCGGAGGACGGACUUUGAGAGGCAUCACAACAUCAAGCGCUUCGUGUUCGAGACCCCCUUCACCCUGUCUGGCAAGAAGCACGGAGACGUGGAGGAGCAAUGCAAGAGAAGGACCAUACUGACCACCAGCUCCACCUUCCCUUACCUGAAGAAGCGUAUCCAGGUGGUGGAGCAGCAGAGCACAGAGCUGAACCCCAUCGAGGUGGCCAUCGAUGAGAUGUCCCGCAAGGUGUCCGAGCUCAACCAGCUCUGCAGCAUGGAGGAGGUGGACAUGAUUCGCCUGCAGCUCAAACUGCAGGGCAGUGUCAGCGUCAAGGUGAACGCAGGCCCCAUGGCCUACGCCCGGGCUUUCCUGGAGGAGAAGAACGCCAAGAAAUAUCCCGACAACCAGGUCAAACUUCUCAAGGAGAUAUUCAGGCAGUUUGCAGACGCGUGCGGCGAGGCGCUGGAUGUGAACGAGAGGCUGAUAAAGGAGGAUCAGCUGGAGUACCAGGAGGAGAUGAGGGUUCAUUACAGAGACAUGCUGGCCGAGCUGUCUGCAGUCAUGAACGAGCAGAUUCAGCACUCCAAGUCUGCUGGGCCGGAGCGGCUUCACACCUGCUGAUCUCCAGCAGAAGCAGAAAAAUGACUUUGAACUGGAAAUGAGGGAACAGCUGUUACAAUCUGAGUUUAAAAACCUGUCAUGCCGUUUGCAGUCCAGGGGUGUGUCCCUCUGUCUCAGGCCACUGCUAUUAUAAAGCUUAUUGUGUUUCUGCCAGUCUCCCUCCCACACACACGCACACGCACACAUACACGCACACGCACACAUACACACGCACGCACACGCACACAUACACGCACACACACACACACACACACACACACACAUGCGUGCACAUGCACGCACGCACACACACACACAUGCAUGCACACGCACACACACACGCGCACACACACACCCUCACACACGUGUGCACGCACAUGCGCACACACACACUGGAAGGUUUGGUUGCUUUAGAGGAGUGUCUCCUCGUUAGCAGAGGUGCAGACAGCUUGAGCUUGUUGUCAUUCUAGGGCCUUGCUGCGGAUGUGCUCGUUUGUUCAGGCAGGAUGGCGGCAGGUUCCUGCCGCUGCUGGUGUCAGUGUGUCUGUGAUGUCCAGCGUGGGUUUGACAGCAGCAGCGCUGUGUUUGACACUGUGUUUGGUGUCAGUGUGUCUGUGAUGUCCAGCGUGGGUUUGACAGCAGCAGCGCUGUGUUUGACGCUGUGUUUGACGCUGUGUUUGACACAGCUGUGUUUGCUGUCAGGGUGAAUGUAAAAGGCCUCGCUACGCUACGCAGCCUUGUAAUGCUCUGGAAAUCCCAGCUCACAGAUUUCAGAAUCAAAGCUUACUGUUUUCUAACAUUUUUACUAUUGUUAAUGUUGUUAUUAUUCUUAUUUUUUUUAUUAUUUUAUUAUUUCAUGUACUGUUAAAUUGUAAAUAAGAAAAAUUAAUAUUUAAAAAAGUUUGUUUCCUUUUUUAUAUAAAAAGCAAUAUAUGAACUUCUGUUUGGAUAAAUUAAAGAAUGAAGAGCUAAAGUUUUAUGUAUAACAUUUAAAUAAAUUUUGUUUAUGUCUGUAAAAAAA